AUGGCUGCUUUACAGUAGAGUGGUGUGUGUGUGUGUGUGUGGCUCUGCCAGUUGCUCCAGUAGCAGGAGGAAUGCUGAGUGGCACCGUGCCGUCAGCCUGAGCACAGCUGCCACUGUCAGUCCCUGGGAGAGGACGGGGCUCUGGGGCCGCAGGGACGACGUCGAGCUGCGAUCACAACCCCAAGCGGAACCCGGGUCCAGAGCGGUGGCAGAAUGGAGCCCCCGGAGCAGAGCGUCGCUGAGGAAGACGGGCUCCCGCCAGCUCUCGGGGACAAGGAUCUCGCCGACGCCAUCCUGCACCGGCGCUUCUGCCCCUCCCUCAUCACCACGGAGACGUGGGAGGGGUUCGAAUUCGCCGGGCUCCGCAUCCGCAUAACGGAGUCCACCGACUGCUACGGAGCCGUGCUGUGGCCCUCGUCAUCCCACCGCACACCCCUCUUACCCAUCAGUACAAACAGUAAUGGAGCAGAACACUUGUUCAAUGACACCGAAACAACAAGAGUGACCACCACCCAUUUGUCUCCCUUCAACAUCCUACUGUGGUCCAUCACCAUGGCAACUCGCACCAUCAGCGCCACGGCAACGGUCGCCGUCGCCGAAGUGAGGCGUUCCGUUGCGUUCGGGUGCCUCGCGGCCCUGCUGGCGGUCGCUGCGUUGACCCUGUGCGUGACCCUCCAGGCGCUGGUGCUCUGCCACUUCCUGGACACACACCGCGAGGAGUACAGCAUGGAGGACAAGAGCAUCAUUGAGCUGGGAGCAGGAACGGGCCUGGUGUCCAUCGUUACCGCGUUACUGGUGUACAUCAGCCUGUACUACGUGGCGUUCUACGUGGUCAUGACCAGCCUCUUCGCCCUGGCCAUCUACGUCUUGAUGUCGACGCUGAACCCCUACACUCCUGACUACCAGGACCGCUUAACAUCUCCAGGGGUCAUGGUGUGGCCUGACACCUACGGAGAGGAGGAUGUCGAGAUCUCCUUCAACUCCUCCGACAGGAAAAGUUGGAGCAGGAUGUCUAACUGCCUGAAGGACUUCCUGCAGCCUUACAACAAGAGCCAGCAGCUCCAGGUGAACAUCCAAGACUGCAAAUGGGGGACGUACUUCUUCCAGAAAGACUUCGAAGGUCCAGACCACACCAAGCAAUCGUGUGUCUUCUACCGGUCCAUGCUGGGGAACUGCUCAGGGAUGAGCGACCCCACCUUCGGCUACUCAGACGGAACGCCGUGCGUCAUCAUCAAAAUGAACAGGAUCAUCAACUUCCUGCCUGACAACAGAUCGGGAAAGACCCCGUAUGUCAACUGCACUCUGCUGGAGGGCAGCGACAGCGUGAGCCACAUCGAGUACUUCCCGGCCAACGGCACCAUGGACCUCGCCUACUUCCCCUACUAUGGUAAAAAGGCGCAGCCAACAUACAUGAACCCACUGGUGGCGGUCAAGUUCCACCUGAAGGGUCGCCGGGAGGCCAAGGUGCAGUGCCGCGUCGUGGCCAACAACAUCGCCUACGAGAACUUCCACGACCCCUACGAAGGCAAGGUCAUCUUCUACCUGAGGGCGAGCGCGUGAAAGACGAGGGACGCAACUGCGGGUUCAAUGGUGUGAUGCGGGGCAAAGGGCGACACCCUGCACAGCACACUGACAUUCUUUUUACUACUUGGCGCCCAAUAAACGAGACUCUCCAACAGACAGCAGCCCCAGUGUGUCCUUUUUGUCCCAGCUGGACUCUCACUGUCUGUACUACAGUUUUACUCUGGGGGGGAUAUGUCAGCAUAAGUAAACAGGAUCAGGUCCCUAGUGGACUCUGGCACAGUGGGCUUCAUGCACAUGUUGCUCUGGUGAUUUGAGGGGCCUUCUACUCAUGAGCACAUGGUGAUUAACCGUGAGUUCACUGUGACCGUGACCACAUCGCAUAGCAGGGAUUUACGGCUGGCAACACAGAGUGUGUGUGGCUCAGAUUACACUGCAGUGCCCCCUGUAGACAAUACCAUGGUACCUCAGCAGGGGAGGGGGUGUGGGGUUAGG